GCUUAAUAUAAAUAUGUGCACUCCUCACCACUCUCUUCACUCUGCAUUUCGCCUCUUCUCCCCCAUCUACAUCUCGAUUGCUUUUUGAAGAUCGAGUUAUCUGUUUGAAUUAUGGGUAAGGAAAAGAUUCAUAUCAGUAUUGUGGUCAUUGGCCAUGUUGACUCCGGGAAGUCAACCACCACUGGACAUCUCAUCUACAAGCUUGGUGGUAUUGACAAGCGUGUGAUUGAGAGGUUUGAGAAGGAAGCUGCUGAGAUGAACAAGAGGUCGUUCAAGUAUGCAUGGGUUCUUGACAAGCUCAAGGCUGAGCGUGAACGUGGUAUCACCAUUGAUAUCGCCCUCUGGAAGUUCGAGACUACCAAGUACUACUGCACUGUCAUUGAUGCUCCUGGACAUCGUGAUUUCAUCAAGAACAUGAUUACUGGUACCUCUCAGGCAGAUUGUGCUGUACUCAUCAUUGAUUCCACCACCGGUGGUUUUGAAGCAGGUAUCUCCAAGGAUGGACAGACUCGUGAGCACGCUCUUCUGGCUUUUACUCUUGGUGUGAAGCAGAUGAUCUGUUGCUGUAACAAGAUGGAUGCUACCACUCCUAAAUACUCCAAGGCAAGGUACGAUGAAAUCAUUAAGGAAGUCUCUUCCUACCUGAAGAAGGUUGGUUACAACCCUGAGAAGAUCCCGUUUGUGCCUAUCUCUGGAUUUGAGGGUGACAAUAUGAUUGAGAGGUCGACCAACCUUGACUGGUACAAGGGCCCAACUCUUCUAGAGGCUCUUGAUGCUGUCCAGGAGCCCAAGAGGCCCUCAGACAAGCCUCUCCGUCUCCCACUUCAGGAUGUCUACAAGAUUGGUGGUAUUGGAACUGUGCCAGUCGGAAGAGUUGAAACUGGUGUCAUCAAACCUGGUAUGGUCGUCACCUUCGGACCAACUGGGCUGACCACUGAGGUUAAGUCUGUUGAGAUGCACCACGAGGCCCUCCAGGAAGCUCUCCCAGGGGACAAUGUUGGCUUCAACGUCAAGAACGUUGCUGUCAAGGAUCUGAAGCGUGGUUUUGUUGCAUCAAACUCCAAGGAUGACCCCGCCAAGGAGGCUGCAAACUUCACUUCCCAGGUCAUCAUCAUGAACCACCCCGGUCAGAUUGGAAAUGGUUAUGCUCCAGUCCUUGAUUGCCAUACUUCACACAUUGCUGUGAAGUUUUCUGAGCUCAUGACCAAGAUUGACAGACGUUCUGGAAAGGAGCUUGAGAAGGAGCCUAAGUUUUUGAAGAAUGGUGAUGCUGGUAUGGUUAAGAUGAUUCCGACCAAGCCCAUGGUUGUGGAGACAUUCUCGCAGUACCCGCCUCUUGGAAGGUUUGCUGUUAGGGACAUGCGUCAGACUGUUGCUGUUGGUGUGAUCAAGAGUGUGGAGAAGAAGGACCCAUCAGGAGCCAAGGUGACCAAGGCAGCAGCUAAGAAGGGUGCCAAGUGUCUUUUGUUGUUUGUCGUGCGAUUUUGGCUCCCAGAAUUGGAUUCUGGAUCGCCGAUGGCAUCUAGUAAUAUGGGCAAGGAAAAGAUUCAUAUCAGUAUUGUGGUCAUUGGCCAUGUCGACUCUGGGAAGUCGACCACCACUGGACAUCUCAUCUACAAGCUUGGUGGUAUUGACAAGCGUGUGAUUGAGAGGUUUGAGAAGGAAGCUGCUGAGAUGAACAAGAGGUCGUUCAAGUAUGCGUGGGUUCUUGACAAGCUCAAGGCUGAGCGUGAACGUGGUAUCACGAUUGAUAUCGCCCUCUGGAAGUUUGAGACUACCAAGUACUACUGCACCGUCAUUGAUGCUCCUGGACAUCGUGAUUUCAUCAAGAAUAUGAUUACUGGGACCUCUCAGGCAGAUUGUGCUGUACUGAUCAUUGAUUCCACCACUGGUGGUUUUGAGGCUGGUAUCUCCAAGGAUGGACAGACCCGUGAGCAUGCUCUUCUGGCUUUUACUCUUGGUGUGAAGCAAAUGAUCUGUUGCUGUAACAAGAUGGAUGCUACCACUCCUAAAUACUCCAAGGCAAGGUAUGAUGAAAUCAUUAAGGAAGUCUCUUCCUACCUGAAGAAGGUUGGUUACAACCCUGAGAAGAUCCCGUUUGUGCCUAUCUCUGGAUUUGAGGGUGACAAUAUGAUUGAGAGGUCGACCAACCUAGACUGGUACAAGGGCCCAACUCUUCUAGAGGCUCUUGAUGCUGUCCAGGAGCCAAAGAGGCCCUCAGACAAGCCUCUCCGUCUCCCACUUCAGGAUGUCUACAAGAUUGGUGGUAUUGGAACUGUGCCAGUAGGAAGAGUUGAAACUGGUGUCAUCAAACCUGGUAUGGUCGUCACCUUCGGACCAACUGGGCUGACCACUGAGGUCAAGUCUGUUGAGAUGCAUCACGAGGCCCUCCAGGAAGCUCUCCCAGGUGACAAUGUUGGCUUCAACGUCAAGAACGUUGCUGUCAAGGAUCUGAAGCGUGGUUUUGUUGCAUCAAACUCCAAGGAUGACCCCGCCAAGGAGGCCGCAAACUUCACUUCCCAGGUCAUCAUCAUGAACCACCCCGGUCAGAUUGGAAAUGGUUAUGCUCCAGUCCUCGAUUGCCAUACUUCACACAUUGCUGUGAAGUUUUCUGAGCUCAUGACCAAGAUUGACAGACGUUCUGGAAAGGAGCUUGAGAAGGAGCCUAAGUUUUUGAAGAAUGGUGAUGCCGGUAUGGUUAAGAUGAUUCCGACCAAGCCCAUGGUUGUGGAGACAUUCUCGCAGUACCCGCCUCUUGGAAGGUUUGCUGUUAGGGACAUGCGUCAGACUGUUGCUGUUGGUGUGAUCAAGAGUGUUGAGAAGAAGGACCCAUCAGGAGCCAAGGUGACCAAGGCAGCAGCCAAGAAGGGUGCCAAGUGAACUACGUUCACUCCGCAUAUCAUCUCUCGUUUUAUUUCUUACAAGAACCUUUUUUGUUAUGUUGGUCUUUAAACUUUUAGUCUCUUAAUUUCUGUUUGUUGGUAUUUGUCGUGCUAUUUUGGCUCCAGAAUUGGAUUCUGGAUCGCCGAUGGCGUCAUUUAGUACGACUUUGCUUCUUGUAUUUUUAUAAUAUUAAUUAUUUUCCGUCACAA